AUGCACUGUACCACUCUAAUGCUCUUGUGUUUUUGUUUUGUUUUUUUCAUUUUGGCGCAGAUUAAAGGCUUCGGCAGCAUACAAACCAUAGUAUAUGGUGUGCCCCCUCCCAUCGUGGCUCCUCCGCUGCCUGUGCCCAAUUUUGGUUGCAACGUAAAGGGAGCGCAGUGCCUCCAGUACGGUGGCCUGCAGCAGGGUAGCCUGCAGCAGGGUCGCCUGCAGCAGGGUCGCCUGCAACAGAGUGGCCUCCAGCAAGUUGGCCUGCAGCAGGGUCGCCUGCAACAGAGUGGCCUCCAGCAGGUUGGCCUGCAGCAGGGUCGCCUGCAACAAAGUGGCCUGCAGCAGGUUGGCCUGCAGCAGGGUCGCCUGCAACAGAGUGGCCUGCAGCAGGUUGGCCUGCAGCAGGGUGGCCUCCAGUAUCCAGGAGCGUAUGGGGGCUUCGCGGGAAAAGGCUUCAGUGGCGGCUCCAAGGGAGGCUACAUCAGCGACGUCAAGGGCGGUUACCCCGGCGGCAUCAAAAGAGGCUACAUCAGCGACGUCAAGGGCGGUUACUCCAGCGGCAUCAAAGGAGGCUACUUUCAAGGACCUGCGUUCGGUGACUACGUAAAAAGCGGGGGCACCCAGAAAGGCUACAUCAGCGGCGUCAAGGGCGGUUACUCUGGCGGCAUCAAAGAAGGCUACGCUCAAGGACCUGCGUUCGGUGGCUACGUAGGAGGCGGUGCUGGAGGAGGCAUUACCGGUGGCUACGUCGGAGGCGGCGGCAUAGGACAAGGAAUAUCUGGUGGAUACGUCGGAGGUAGGGGCGUUGGACAAGGCAUAUCCGGUGGCUACGUGGGGGGAGCUGGCAUCAAAGGAGCCGGUAUCAAAGGAGGCGUGCCCGGUGGCUACAUGGGGGGAGGCCAAUCCGGUAUCUACGUGAAAGGAGCCGGUAUCAAAGGAGGCGUGCCCGGUGGCUACAUGGGAGGAGGCCAAUCCGGUAUCUACGUGAAAGGAAGCGGUGUCAAAGGAGGCGCGUUCGGUGGCUUCAUGGGUGGUGGCGGCAUUGGGGGAGGCUACGUUGGUAGCGGUCUAGGAGGCGGUGGCUACGUAGGUGGUGGUGGCGUCGGCGGAGGCUUCGUUGGAGGCGGUACCGGGGGCGCAUCCGGUGGCUUCGUAAAGGGCGGUAUGCAACAAACGUACACAAAAGAGGUGCCCUUGAGCAAGUUCUAG